AACGUUUAUGUGCACACACCUUUAUCAGACUGUCAGGCUUCAGCUACUCGAAACCAACGGUCCGGACCUACUAGGACCUACUUAGCCAACUUUUAGCCAUAUAUGUGGCAAUAAUCCCAUCAAUAUUGAUGCAGAUCAGAGCCUUGUGGGAUGGCCUCGGAACGCAAAUCGCACUGCAAUCCCCGAGGCCCGGGUGCAGAUAAGUAAGUAACGACUUACCGUUGGAUUUCAAACAGGCUGCCAGAGGAAGGUGCUACAACUGCCAAUCAGGUAGCGCCAGCCAGAGUGCCUUCAACAAUCUAAAUCCUGUGCGCAAGGACGUUGCCUCUAGUAGUGGUCAAGCUCAACAAAUGGUCAUGCGGUGGGUUACAGAUAAUUCUGGUCCUUGGUUUUUGCACUGUCACAUCUCCGAGCCGAUGUGCGAGUCCUUUGGAGCUGGACUGUGUAACUACGAGACCAACUACCUUAGUGGCUUCGUGGUCGUCAUGGAUGAGAGUCCCUCUGAAACUCGGAAACACUGAGAGGGAUUGUCGACCUCGUGGUUAAACGUUAAACCUUCGCCCUAUAAACAAUUCGUUAGCGCCGUACAAUUUGGGGCGGUCGACUCAUAUUAACAGGCAGCCAAUAUUAUGUCUCUGCUGAUUCUCAAUUACACUUUUAAAAGGUAUUUAGCCCGCGAGGCUAGGGGAAUGAGUGUGUGUGCAUAUCAUAUAAUCGUUUAG